AUGAACGUAACACAGUCGGGCAAGAGUGUCCACCAGCUAUUUAAGCGCCUGCAGACGGUCGGCAAGGGCUCCUAUGGCUCCGUGCAUAAGGGCGUCGAGCUCGCCACUGGCAACGUCGUAGCGCUCAAGAUCAUCAAUCUCGAUGACGACGAAGUAGACAGCAUCCAACAGGAAGUUGCUCUACUGUCGCAACUACGCGACGCGCCCAACGUCACGCGCUACUAUGGCUCCUACUUGGACGGUCCCAGGCUAUGGAUUGUCAUGGACUUUGCGCAGGGAGGGAGCGUGUACCAGCUCAUGAAGGCCAGCCCUGGGAAUAUACUCGAGGAGAAAUACGUCGUCGUGCUUGUGCGCGAAGUACUCGUCGGCCUCGCCUAUCUCCACAAGUCUGGCAUCAUUCACCGCGACAUCAAGUCUGCCAACGUCCUGGUCACUUCAUCCGGGCGGGUCAUGAUCUGCGACUUCGGCGUGUCAGCGCUACUCGCGACCAACUCCAGCAAGCGCAACACCUUCAUUGGAACGCUCAACUGGAUGGCGCCCGAAGUCGUGCAGGCCGUUCCGAAUUACGACACGAAAGCCGACAUCUGGUCGUUGGGCAUUAUGAUCUACGAGAUGAUCAAAGGCUCGCCGCCACACUCGAACGUCUCGCAAGAGCGUAUCAUUCAGCUCAUUCCCCGCGCGAAGCCACCACGCUUGAUAGUUGGCGAAGGAAGCAAGGAUCUGUUGGACUUCAUUCCGCUAUGUUUGGCGGAGAAGCCAGGAGAUCGUCUGCCCGCCGAAGAACUCUUAAAGACCAAAUGGAUCAAGACUGCCAAGGCGCCGGUCACCGUUCUGAAGGACCUUUUACUCCGGUACGAGACGUGGGCGAAGUCAAGUAGCGAAGCUGCAGACUUGAACGAGCCAUUACCCUGGGAGCAGGAUGAGGCUGACGAGCUAGGAUAUGUGGACGUGGGCGGAGAGAACCCAUGGGAGUUUGAUACAGUGCGCGGCAGCCGCGCUAUUGGCAUGCGGGGGAUGGGUCUUCUCUCUCCUGAUACGUCCAUGGACGACUCAGAGGCCGAUGCAGCCUCAACGAUCAGACCACCCGCUUCCAAGUUGCCCAGCUCUUUGCGGCUAUUAUUCGAUGACGGCACCGAAGAGCCGCCAGAUCCCUUCCGAAUACCUGGAUUUGGCGGGUCUCCCGCUCCUCGCUCGGCGGACUCGCCCGCACCUUCCUUCGCCACACCACCCUCCAUCAACCCGACGCCGUCACGUGCACCGCGAAGAGCUCAGACGGCAGCUGCGUCGCCACUGGCCGAUGACGGACCAGACCUCAGCAAAGCCGCAUUCUCCUUCCCUUCACGCGCUCCAGCCCAGACUCAGCCGCGUUCAAAGUCCCGGCUUGGUGCAGAUGACGACUCGUCCUCGGAGUCUCUAAGCGUCUCGCGCGGACCAUCGCCUGCUGAGAGCAUGUUGUCCGGCGCAGAGCCACGCACAGGCCCCUUCUACCGCGCCGUCCGUUCUGCCCGCAAUGUGCCAGACAUCGAAAUUCCCACUCCGGCGUCAUCAACGCCUUCGCCUGCCCCGGCAUCUUCUGCACCGGAGGAGCCUUCCAUCAACCUUGAUGGUGCUAUGAUGGGUACCACGACACGGCGCCCACCGAGUGCAGGUCGCAAUCGCUCGCGAACGUACGCAAGCCCGCCAGUGUUUCAGUUCCCGCCACCGUCCACGGGGUCGAACACACCUGAUUCGGCACAGUCCAGUGGAAGUACGCGCACUGUGCGUCCUAACCAUGACCGCAGUCCAACCACUGGUCACGCACCAGCAAGCAGUACUACAUCUGGUCACUCCGCAACGCAUUCGUUGGAUGCGCCGCCAACAGCACGGCGCGUACCCGCGUCGGCUGCGCCUGCACUAGGCGCCGGCCUUGCACCUGGCGCCAAUGCACCUACCCUUCCACCUUUAGGUCGUUCACAAUCUGCUACGCCGUUUGCGGAGCGCGCGGCCGCGACGCAGAGCAGUACCGGGAACGGCCAGCCGUCGGGCCUCGUGCGAAAACCGUCGCUGAAUAGACUCGCGAGUGUCGCGGUGAUGGAGACCGUGCCACCGACGCCUACAUCUGCGCGGCGGGUCAACCGCAGCGGAGGGUCAUUGGCAGAACUCGGCUUGCGAGACGUGCUCAAGGUGCCCGCGCUAUCAAGCGAGCAUCAAAUGGGCAUGGCGGACUUGCUACCGCCCAGUCCGAGUGCAGCAGCGCUCGCCCCAAGACACGCGCCAACGUCAAGUCACAGUCCGCUCUCGCUCGAGUUACCGCGCGCGCCUCCACUCCCUCGACCUAUCGAUCUGCCUGCCCUCGCGCGAAGCCACGCAGACACGCAUGCGGAGCUAGCGAGGGUCGUGGACGAGCUUGGGCAAUGGCUCGCGCUUGUUGAUGCAGGUUUGGGGAGACUGCUUGAGGGUGCGGGAGGUGAUCGGAUUGAGGAGGGUGAGGAGGAUGGGCUUGAGGGGAGGAAGUCUGCGUUGGCUAUUGGAUGA